GGACCAAAAUUGCAAACCUUCUCUCUUUUCCUCCCAUCCCUUCCUCUCGCCUCGUCCCCCCCUUCGGCCCUUCUUCCUCUACCUCCCCGUUCCCCUCGACCGGCUCAACCCAGGUUGGAUCCGGGUCGGACACGUCGGUGGGUCUGUUUUCCGGAGAUUGGUAACCUACUGGCGGUUCGUGUCGGUCCAUCGGACCCGAACCCGAACCCGACCCGUUUCCAUCUUUCGAGAUUCUAGCCCUUCUGGUUCUCCGCUCCCAUUCUCCCAGUCCUCUCUGAAGCUUGCACACGAGCAGUACUGUGGAUCCCUCGCUUAUUCUUCUUUCAAUCUCCUCCUCUCCUCAAAGAUAUGCCUCCCCAAACUAUGAUUACUUCGUAAUCUAUCAAUCCAUCGGCAAUAGCUUCUUGGAGCAGUUUCCAUGUGGCGGAAGAGCCUUAGGUCAUGGACUCCUCUCCUUCCCGCCGCCUCCUCCUCCUCCUCCUUCUUCCCUCAAUCCCAUCUUCUCCCUCCAUUCAACAGUAUACCCCAUAUUUCUCAAUUUCCCAAGCCCUCCGUCCUCCUUCUCAGGCAAUACCUUCCCAUCAGCAACUCUCUUGUGGCAACCCGUUCCAAUUUCUUCUCCUCAAGCCCUCAGCACAACACCCGAAUCACUUACUCUGCGAAUGAUGAUGACAGCGAAAGGGAUGACCAUGACGAUGAUCUCGGAGCAGCAGAAUCUGCUAAUAAAUUGGAUGGUGAGCUCCUCCAAGAUGUGGAGACGGUCAUGGCCUGUCUUAGGGAUUUUGGAGGGAACAGCGCGGAGGCCAGGAAGAGGCUGGAGCAGUGCAGCGUGCGUGCCUCCCAAGAACUGGUGGUGGAGGUCCUCUCCUCGCUCCGCAACGACUGGGGCCCCGCCUUCACCUUCUUCCUGUGGGCCGGCAAGCAGCCGGGCUAUGCCCACUCCGCCCGCGAGUACAACUGCAUGAUCGCGAUCCUUGGAAAGAUGCGGCGGUUCGACACCGCGUGGACCCUCGUCCAGGAGAUGAAGGGAGGGACCCCUUCAAGGCACGGCCCUUCUCUCGUCACCCGCCAGACCCUGCUGAUCUUGAUCAGGAGGUACUGCGCCGCCCACGAUGUCGGGAGGGCGAUCAAUACCUUCUAUGCGUUCAAGAAAUUUGGAUUCGCACCAGGAAUCGAUGACUUCCAUGGCCUCCUGAGUGCCCUCUGUAGGUACAAGAAUGUGGAGGACGCCGAGCACCUGCUUCUGUGCAACGAGUCCGCAUUCCCCUUCGAGACGAAGAGCUUCAAUAUCGUGCUCAAUGGGUGGUGCAAUAUCAUGGUCUAUCUCCGGGAGGCUAAGAGGUUUUGGAGGGACAUGGAAAACAGAGGCAUCCCCAAGGAUGUUGUGUCGUAUGGGAGUAUGAUCUCUUGCUACUCGAAAGCCAGCAAUCUCACCGAUGUCCUGAAGCUGUAUAAUCAGAUGAGGGAGGUUGGCAUCGAGCCUGAUAUAAAGGUUUAUAAUGCGGUCGUGUAUGCUCUGGCCAAAGGCAAGUGCAUGGGGGAUGCCAAGGGUCUUGUGAAGAAAAUGGAGGAGAAGGGCGUCGCUCCAAAUGCUGUUACUUAUAAUUCUCUCAUUAGACCGCUAUGUAAGGCGCGUCGAGUUGAUGAUGCAAGGCAAGUGUUCGAUGAGAUGCUGCAGAGGGGUCUCACUCCUUCUAUUAGGACUUAUCAUGCAUUCUUUGAUGCCGCGAGGAGUGUAGAUGAGGUGUUUGAGCUGUUGAAUGGAAUGAAGGAAAAGGGAUGCAGCCCGGAGAUUGAAACAUAUAUUAUGCUAACCAGGAAAUUUUGCCGGUGGAGGCAGCAUGACGGCGUCUAUAGGCUGUGGAAUGAGAUGAUUGAGAACGGAUUGAGUCCGGAUAGAAGUGCAUAUAUCGUCUUGAUACAUGGUCUGUUUCUAAAUGGAAAGUUAGAAGAGGCUUCGAGAUAUUAUGAGGAGAUGAAGAUGAAAGGUUUUCUGCCCGAGCCGAAGACUGAGGAGAUGAUUCAAGCAUGGCUUUCUGCCAAAGAAGUUGCUGAACAAUCUACAGUGGUGGAUUUGGGAGGAAAGAGGAUUACUCGGGACCCCUUGGACAAGAAACCCAGGGGUGCCUCUUGGAGAGACUUUCUAAAACAACCUGAAGCAAUAAGUCUUCCAAGGGAUCGGAGCUUCUCUUCUUUUGGUAGCUGAAAUAUUUAUUAUCGUUUCAAAUGAGUAUCCUUCACUCUACAAGGGCACUCUGCUCUUAAGAAAAUCAACCGUUAUACAACCCUCUAUCAGUUCCUGAACCUCUAUGUAUCCUGGCCUGGCGUCUAAAGGUGCAAUCAUAGAUGAUCUUGAAUGUCAUGCAGCAACCAAACUUUGAAAAGUUACAUGAAGCACCAUUGUAAUUCAAGCAUUGUAAAAUCUAGAUGGACAUACAGUGGCUUGUUCUAGUGAGAGACCAAAUGAUGCAAAGAUAGAUAUUUUAUAAUAUUUUCAGGUUUAUGAUUUGGUUUCAGGAAAUUGAAGGUUUUCAUUAUCUUUUGCAUAAGGACUUAUAUAUAAGCCACGAAUAAUCAAGAAUCGAGUGCCUUACUCCCCAAAAAAAGAAUUAAGUGCCUGAACAUUUGAAGCUGCUCAGUAGGCACUCUAUGGCUGUGAUUGGCUUCCAUGAGAAUAAUCAUGAGUUCGCUGAUGGAAAUUUUGGUGAUUUUGCAUAUUCAUCAUCGAAGAGUUUUACAAUGACUGUCACACGAUAGAUUCCUUAUAGAGUUACAAGGUAUGUACAUCAACAAUCUCAUGAGAGAUUAAAUUAUAUAGCUAAUUCAUGCCAUUGGCUUAGCUGGGUAAGUCAGUAGGAAUGUGAGUGUUCGUCUUCUUACCACUGUGUACUAUUGGUUGAGUCUAAGAGGGAUGUAUCGAAGACUAUUGAUGAGAUUUACCAUCAUGCUUGGCAGAGGAUGAAACAAUAGUGUGGAAUCAUGAUUUUCAUUAUCUAUUUCCAAGCGCUCAUCAUGGAGCUGGAGCAUGAAUUUCUUUUACGAUUAUUUAGUGCACAUUGAUUUUGAGAAUGGCACAAUGCACACCACAGAGGCAGCUGAUGUUCUUAUCUGCUGAUUUGACUUAUAAGAAUGUAUUAAUCUCAUCAAGUCCCAUGGUUAACUGUUCUGACCCAUACAUGAAAUUUAUAACUUACUACACAAAAUAUGGGUAAUGAUGGAAACUCAGUUGCAAUGGUGCAGUGGAUUUCAUAUUCUAACUAAUGGACAGACUAAACUUUCAAAACAGAGGCUAGAAAGUUCAUCUCGGUGCUUGAUUUGUGAUUAUGGCACUAAAUAUGAUUCUUUUCUACCUGAAACAGAGGGUGUCUAAUUAUUCUACAAGAUGCUUGCUAGAUUUGUCUCCUUUUGACAUGGUUAGAAGAUUUCAUCUGAAAUAAAGCUGGAAUUCUAUUGAUGACUGAUACGGAGGCCAUUUCAUUUUCCUUAAAUAGAUGCUGUAGCUGGAGUGGACAUUGAUGGCCAAUUUGCUACAUUUCUGAAUGGAAAAUCUUGCCUGGUUCCCUCAGGUUACUAGGAUCCAUCUUUUUUGGUGUUUUUGGUUUGGAAAUUAUCUUGCCACCUUGAAGUUCUUGGUGUUUGUUAAUGGAAACCAAUCAGUAUUCUCAGUCCAAGUUGUCAUUUAGGAUGGGGAGAUCCAGUCACUCCUUUGUUUAUUAUUCAUUAUGUUCUCAUCAGCCAUUUGCAAGGCCGAAAUGGCUAAUCAAAUGAGUUUCAGAUGUUAAUGGUUGGAAAAUCUGCAGCAUGAUGAGAGGUGAUAUUCUAGUUUAUCCUGAUGAUUCUCUAUAAAACCUGAACCUGGAAGGUAUUCAAUUGUUUUCAGUCUCUUAUUGGUAGAAGUACAACAUGGUAAACAAAGUUUGGGGACAUGCAUAGAUAGUCAUAUACAUGGCUGCCUUUUGUUCAUGAAUGUAGAUACAGAAAUUUUUGUGAAAUAAUAUUGGAAUGACAAUGCAUAUUUGAUAGAGAAGAAUAUGGACGCAAAUCAGAUGAGCAAAUAUAUAUCUGAUGUAAACAUACAUGAAUAUGAACAGGAUAGUGAUUUAGGGAAAAGAAGGAUGAAAAUUGAUGAGUUCUGACCCACAGUUAGACAAUAUGUGAUUGUGCCUUUUAGAUGGCUGUUAGAGGCUGUAUUACAAACUUGCUUCAGAUGGCCAUGUAGAUGAGACCAAGGGCCGAUUAAAUACAGCAGAGUGAAGUGUCACAAAGUCCUUUCUACAGCAGUGUGUUCAUGUGAUUUUUUUUUUUUUUGUGUACAUUGCUGAAUGAAUGUUCAGG